UUUUCGGUUCCCGGUUCCAAAAUCCCAGCCCUAAUUAAAAGAGUGGAUUUCGCAGGAUUGCGCCUGGUGUAAUACUGGAGCGGAGCGGAGCGGGACGACUGAAGGUGCGCCGCCACUGUCUCGCUGUAGCAUUCAAAAUGCGCAGGUCUAUCGCUCUCCCCAUCCUCCGCCGUAUCUCUUCUUCGACAACAACUUCGCAAACUUACCUUAUCAACUCCAAAUCUCACCUCCUGCCACCGCGGCCUGAUCUCUCUUCUUUCUCCUCCGCGGCUUUCAGAGAAAAUCCGCCCGUUUAUAUUUAUUCCUCAACAUUCAGGUCAUUUUCAUCUGAGGCUGCUGAUAAGAAUGCCGCCGCCGGCCCCAAUGCUGAAAAUAGCAAAGAGGAAGCUACGUCACGGCUUCUCUCCGCUGAGCUUCUCAAAGAUCCAGAGGUAGAAACUCUCCCUGUCCUGCAAAGACUCGACCUCUCCUUCUCCCACGUCACUCUCUCGCAUCCGUUGAUCCUGGCAACCCUCAAUGGCUGCCCUGAUGCCGGCCGGUCGGUGCUUGGAUUUCUCGAUUGGAUCAAAUCGAGGCCUAAUUUCGAGUUAGACGAUGGAGUUUACUCUUACGUGGUGGAUUAUUUGGGCAGGAAAAAGGAUUUCAAGGCUGCGCAUGACGUGCUUGUGGGAGGCCGUGGUGUUAUUGGGGCUAAAACCCUAGAGUCCAUGGUUGAUUGGCUGGUCCGGGCAGGGAGGCCCAGCCAGACAGUCUCAUUUUUUGAGAAAUGUGAGAAAGAGUACGGGUUCACUAGGAACUUGGAUUCCCUUAAACUGGUAGUUACAAAGCUCUGUGAACAUGGUUUUGCUAGUUAUGCUGAGAAAAUGGUGAAAAGUUUAGCUAGUGAGUUUUUCCCUGAUCAAUAUGUUUGUGACAUGUUAAUUAAGGGAUGGUGUGUUGAUCAGAAACUUGAUGAGGCACAGAGAUUAGCUGCUGAGAUGUAUAGGGGAGGAUUUGAGAUUGGCACUUGUGCCUAUAAUGCAAUUCUUGAUUGUGUUUGUAAGCUUUGCAGGAAGAAGGAUCCUUUCCGGCUUCAACCUGAGGUGGAUAAGUUGUUAUUAGAAAUGGAACAGAAGGGUGUCCCACGAGAUGUGGAGACGUUCAAUGUGUUGAUUUCUAAUUUGUGUAAGAUUAGACAAACUCAUGCCGCAGUGGGGUUGUUCUAUGAGAUGGGACGGGAAUGGGGUUGUAAUCCAAACGCCACCACAUUUGUCACACUCAUUAGGAGUUUAUAUCAGGCUGCAAGGGUCGGAGAGGGGGAUGAAAUGAUCGACAGGAUGAAGUCUGCAGGGUACGGAGACGCACUUGAUACGAAGACAUAUUAUGGAUUUCUGAAAAUAUUAUGUGGCAUUGAGAGGAUUGAUCAUGCUGUGGCUGUUUUCGAAAAGAUGAAACAAGAUGGUUGCAAACCGGGGAGCAAGACAUAUGACUUACUGAUGGGAAGGUUAGUUGCUCAUGGCCGUGUGGACAAGGCAAAUGCACUUUCCAAAGAGGCAGCGAGCAAUGGGGUGGCAGUUGAUGUGAAGGCAUAUAAGUUGGACCCAAGGCUUGCAAAGAAAAAACCUGCUGCUGCCGCUGCUACUAAGGAGAAGAAGAAACGGAGGGAGACUUUGCCUGAGAAGAUGGCUAGGAAGAGGAGAACUCUUAAGAAAAUCCGGCUUAGUUAUGUCAAGAAGCCCAAAGGAUUGCGACGUGCUCUUUGAUUAAUUUCCCAGAUAAUGUUUUCAUUUAGGUUGAAUGAUCUAAAUCCUAUUGCCUACUUUCAAUCCCUUGUUUUAUUUCUUGUAGCUUCUUGCUUGUGCAUCUGUUCUAUUUGCAACAUUAAAAAUAAAGUUCAGCUCAAACACACACACACACACACACAUACAUUGGAUAGGUUAAAGAUUUAAUGUGAGAAAUGAGAAAUGAUAUAAUGUAUCGAGAUCUAAUGGCUCUCAAAGUCUCCAACUUUUUUUGUAA